AUGGCAGAGCUAGACUAUGAAACAAAACACAGCUCAACCACUACAAGCUUAAAACUAUUCGGCUUCAACGUCUCGGAAGAUGAAGAACUAAUAAAUACAACAGACUCUCUCAAGUCAUCUUCUUGUAAUUCUCCUGACUCCGGCUCUUUUGCUACAACGACAGCCACAGCUACGGCUACAGGAGACAGCAGGAAAUACGAGUGUCAGUACUGCUGUAGAGAAUUUGCAAACUCACAGGCCCUUGGUGGCCACCAAAACGCACACAAAAAGGAAAGACAGCAACUCAAGCGAGCUCAAAUGCAAGCCACAAGAAACGCAGCUGCAGUUUCCUUUGGUAGAAACCCUAUGAUCUCUGCCUUUGCUCCUCCUCCGCAUCUCCUGGCUCAAGCAGCUGGCCAGGUUGUAGUCCCGGCUGCUUCUCCGUCCUGGGUUUACUUGCCACGGUCGGCACCACCGUUUCAUGUUUCACAUGGGAGUGUGUUUCCUAAUGGGGUGGGUGGGAGGGGUGUAGGGAGCUUACCGUAUGGUGGCAGUGUAGGAGAUUUUGGAUUAUCUUCUAGUGCAAGUGGACCACACCAACAAGUGCAAAGUAGGGCCCAUAUUAGCAUGGUAGUUGAUGAUCAUAAUGGGCCUGCAUCAUUGAGUAGGUUCUCUAAAGGUGAUGGUGGACCUAACAUUGAUGAUAAAUUGGGCUUGGACUUGCAUCUUAGUCUUGCUCCAGCUGGGCCAUGA